AUGAAUCUCAACUUCACCUCCCCUCUACACCCGGCGUCAUCUCAGAGGCCCACGUCCUUCUUCAUCGAGGAUAUCCUGCUACACAAGCCCAAGCCGCUGAGGGAGGUGGCCCCUGACCAUUUCACCAGCACUCUGGCCUCCCGGGUGCCUCUGCUAGACUAUGGCUACCCACUCAUGCCCACACCCACUCUCCUGGCUCCUCAUCCCCAUCACCCACUACAUAAGGGAGACCACCACCACCCUUAUUUCCUCACCACCUCGGGGGUGCCGGUCCCCGCGCUGUUCCCGCACCCCCAGCACCCGGAGCUGCCGGGGAAGCACUGCCGCCGCCGCAAAGCUCGCACAGUUUUCUCGGACUCGCAGCUCUCGGGCCUGGAGAAGAGAUUCGAGAUCCAGCGCUACCUGUCCACGCCGGAGCGGGUGGAGCUGGCCACGGCCCUCAGCCUGUCGGAGACGCAGGUGAAAACGUGGUUCCAGAACCGCCGGAUGAAGCAUAAAAAGCAGCUGAGGAAAAGUCAAGACGAACCCAAAGCGCCUGAUGGGCCCGAGAGCCCCGAGGGCAGCCCCCGCGGCCCCGAGGCCGCACCCGCCGAGGCUCGGCUGGGCCUGCCUGCCAGCUCCUUCGUGCUGACGGAGCCGGAGGACGAGGUGGACAUUGGGGACGAGGGGGAGCUGGGCUCAGGGCCGCACGUGCUCUGA